AUGCCGUUCGAUGUCUACUGCCGUCCAGAUCUUUUGCAGUCUAUUAGGGAGGAAGUCCGUCAACAUGCCAUUCGCGUUGACCACCAGAAAAAGACAUAUACCAUCGACCUAGCUGCUAUCCGUGAUCACUGUAUCUUAUUGGUAUCGACAUUCCAGGAAAUGCUCCGGGUACGGUCUAGCGCUGCCCCAACACGCUUCUUGCAUGACGAUGUCCUUCUCGCGAACAAAUACUUAUUUCAAAGAGGCGCUAUGCUGCAGAUACCGGCUCAAUGCCUGAACCAGGAAAAGUCAAACUGGGGUACCUAUGCAAGGGAAUUCAACCCUAGUCGAUUUAUGGGUAAGGCCAAACAACGGUCCCCAGGGUACAUGUCCCCGAAUAUCUGUCCCGGGAGAAACUUUGCUAGUGGAGAGAUUGGCCGUUGUGGCCAUGAUGUUCCUGCGGUAUGA